AUGGAUACUAAUAAAAAGGUUUCUUUUAAUACUACAAUGAUAACAUAAUCAUUAUAUACAACUACUAAUUCAAUGCAAGAUGAUAAUAAAUUAGUAAAAGAUAUUUAAAAUAAAAUUCAUUAAAUUUUAAAAGGAGGAAAUGCAGAUAAUGAAUAUUCACAUAAAUUAAAAUGUAAGGUUCCCCUAUUAUAAACUGUUGAUUGCUAAAAAUUAUGUAACAAAUUAGUCAAAUUUAAUGAGCAGUAUAAAAUUGAUGAAAAUUAAAAGAAUUCAAUCACAAUUAAUAAUAGAGUCUUAAAGUCAUAUAAAUUCAAUUCUGUUUUAUCUAAAAGAAGAUUAACAAAAAGUUUAUAAUAAAAACAAACAUCUCAAAUUAGCAACUCUAUCCAUAAAAGAGGAGAUAAAUACAAUAAAAUAUUCGAUACAGAAUGGUCAGAAUAUCAGAAUAUAUAUGAUUUACAUAAUCUCUUAUCUCCUAAUUCUUUAGAUAUGAGUCCUGCUUAUGCUGAAGUUGAAUUCAUUAAAUCCAAAAUUAAGAAAGAUAAAAAAAAUGACAUCAUCAUUCCUAAAGCUAAGAUUAUAUCAAAUAAUUAAACCAAAAAUUAUAUUGACCCAGAUUAGAUUUAUUUUAUAUAACCAAAUAAAAUAUUGACUAGUAGAAUCAUUUUAAAACCUAAUCAUAAUAGAGAAUCACUAAGUUAACGAAAACAUUACUCAUUUUAAAAUUGA